AUGCAUCACAAGAAAGCAAAUGCCUAUGGCGAAGCGAUUGCCCCAAAACUGUCUCAGGAAAAGGUGAAGCUAGAGAACAAAAAUUACAUAUCAGUCAGCGUUAAACAGCUGGCGUUCACGUGGUCCUAUUUUGGACAACAGACGACCCACAAAACAGUCGACGAUCUGAGUAUACCGGCACGAUCCUUUAUAGAGUUAUCAGUGACUCUAGAUAUCACCGAAACCCUCUCGUCGCGAUUCAAAGAUAGGGUAAUGAACAACUGCAAGUCUGAUCCCUUAGAAGUAUCACAG